AUGGAAGGCAAAGUGUUUGCUGUCACUGGCGCAGGCUCAGGUAUUGGAAGAGCAACAGCGAUAAGGCUCGCGGAGCUGGGCGCUCAAGGUGUUGCCAUCAGCGACGUGGAUCAGGCUGGGCUUCAGGAGACAGAAUCUCUCUGCAGUCAAUACCCUGCAAAGCUCACAGUGAAGCAAGUCGACGUGAGUAACGCCGAGCAGGUCAACGCUUGGAUCAAAGACACAGUCGCCGUGUUCGGUAAGCUCGACGGCGCCGCAAACAUUGCUGGCAUCGCUUCAGGUGACGGGCAGAUCACUGAGGCCAUCGAUCAACGAGCAUGGGACAAGAUGAUUGCAGUCAACCUGACGGGAGUUAUGAACUGUAUGCGGGCUGAGCUCCAAGAGAUUACUCGACCUGGGGGUUCAAUCGUCAAUGUCUCGAGUACAUCGGGGCUUAGGGGCCUCCCCAACAAUGCGGCUUACGCCUCCAGCAAAUUCGGCGUGAUUGGCCUGACGGAGUCUGCGGCAGGAGAGUAUGGUAGGAAGGGAAUUAGACUGAACGCAGUUUUGCCAGGCCCUAUCGAUACCAAAAUUUUUCGCGAGGGGGAGGCGAAAGGAUUGUUCAACGCCGACAUUGUCAGCGCGGGCACCCUGAUGGGUCGCAUGGGAAAAGCCGAGGAAGUGGCAAAGGUUCUAGUGUUUCUUUUGAGCAGCGACGCAUCCUACGUUACAGGAGCUCACUGGACUGUGGAUGGAGGUUAUGCCGCAUGCGGCUUCUACAAAGCUGGGUGA